AUGGCCUUUGUCAAGUCAAGCCCUUCAGUGGAGAUGAUAACUACUUGCGCACGGAGGAAGGACCCUGCAGUCAUGCGGUAUAUGUGUGUGUCCAUAUCCCAGCGGUCACUCAUCGCACCAGCCGUUUGGAUCUCAGUGACUCUAAUGGAUGGUAAAAGCUUCCUGUGUGCCUACAGUAUGGACCUGGACAUGUCUGAAUUGGGCAAGAAUGUAAGUGGACAUGGACUGUCUCAGGAGGAACUCUUACGAACAUUGGCCAAAAUACCAUGCAAGCAUAUAUAUGAUGGCCAGCACAUCCUAUCGAGAGAGGCCGCCACCAGAUACAUACGCUGUAUUUCACAGGCUUUUGGAUGGUUGUUCUUGUUGAUCAUCACAAUCGCUGCAUUUCUGAUCAGAGCCAUUCGUCCCUGCUUCACUCAGGCCGCCUUUCUCAAAACCAAAUACUGGUCCCACUACGUAGACACGGAGCGCAAGAUGUUUGAUGAGACUUGCACAGAACAUGCCAAAAGUUUUGCCAAGACCUGCAUCAAGCAAUACUUUGAGGGUAUUAGCGGUGAGAUUCAAAGCUUUCAUGAUCAUUCACGUGGAGAUGAUAGCGAAGAUGAGGACGAUAAACCUGUUACAGAAGAAGACAAACUGAUGGGCGUUCGGCGUCAGGACACCAUGAAUAAGGUGCUGUGGGACUGGCACACAUGCAAACCUCCGCUGAGUCUGAGAAAGUCUGGAGAUGCUAGCACUGAACAAAAUGGCGAUUGUAGCAUGAAUGCUAAUAAAAAUCGAGACCAAAAUAUCUGUGAUAAAACUGAACUCAAUGAGGGCCAAAAUGGCUUCAAAUGCGGUUAUGUGAAUCCUGGCCUUGAUAUUGGCCAAAGCAAUUUGGACAAGGGAUAUGAGAAUGCUAGCUUUAGCACAGAACAAAAUGGUUUUACGAAUAGAUGUAGCAAUGCUAGCACAAGCCUAAAUGGAUUGAUGAAUGGUGGUGUCUCUUCUCUAUGCAAUACUCAAAGGAAAGCAUGGGCAGUGUAUUAUAGCAAGGUUUGA